AUGGCACGGGGUCUCGGUGUGCUGCUGCUGGUGCUGCUCGGUCUCGCCUGCCUGGAGGCAACCCCAAGUUCCCCCAAAGUACAUGUGUACUCCCGCCACCCAGUGGAGGAUGGCAAGUCGAAUGUCCUGAACUGCUACGUGGAGGGGUUCCACCCCCCGAACAUUGAGAUCACCCUGCUGAAGAAUGGUGUUAAGAUGGAUGCCAUGGAAAUGUCUGACCUUUCCUUCAGUGACGACUGGACUUUCCAGCGCCUGGUGCAUGCCCCAUUCACUCCUAAUGGGAAAGAUUCAUAUGAAUGCAAAGUGGUGCAUAGCACCCUUACAAGUCCCAAGAACGUCAGAUGGGAAGAGGAAGCUCCUCCGGAGGACUGGAGUGAGGAGAAGGACGGGAUGGCUGAGGGAACAGCUGAGGAGCUAACCCCUUGA